AUGCGUUUCAUUCGACUUUUUCAAAGUCUUUGGCCUGAAAAAUGCCAUUCCACCCUGCAAACUCUUUCCUUCGUUCUCUUGCCAUAUCUCUUCUUGGUCCUCUACAUCCGAUCGCAGUCCUCUCGCGACCCAGGAUCGUUCUUCUUCAGAACAUCCUCAGCCUACGAUCUAUCAUACUCUGCCGUCAGACUUGAGCAAGCAGAUGCCUACAUCAAAGCCGCAGAAACAAGUGAUACGAAAUUCAAUGACCUAAAAGCCUCCAAAAAUCCUGAAUUUUGUCUUGGGAUUGCGACGAUCGCGCGAAGUGGCGUGCGAUACUUUAAAAGUACGGUUGGUACCGUACUUGAAGGCCUCAGUGACUCGGAGAGAGCCAACAUACAUUUGAUUUUUUUUAUUGCGCAUACAGAUCCCUCGCAACAUCCGGCAUAUGCGGAGCCUUGGCUGCACAAAUUGGCGGACCAGGUGCUACUGUACAACUCCUCUGACGUCGAUAUUGACCAUAUCAAGUCCUUGGAAACAGACGAGGCAAAGCUUGCAGGCCGUGAGAAGGCCCUUUUUGACUAUUCAUAUCUUUUACAAGCUUGUGAGGCAGUCGGUGCUCCAUAUACUAUUAUUCUUGAGGAUGAUGUUGUCGCUCAAGAUGGGUGGUAUCAUCGUACGCGUGAUGCAUUAGUCUCUGUCGAAACACAAAUGCAGGAGAUAGGGGCACCGAAAUGGCUCUACCUCCGCCUAUUCUAUACUGAAGAAUUUUUCGGUUGGAAUGCCGAGGAGUGGCCUAUAUAUCUGUUCUACUCUAUCCUAAUAGUCUGCUUUGUUGGGUGCAGUCUUCUAGGCAUCCGGCAGUACCGACCUUCCAUACGCCCCCACCUUCCAAAUAAGAUAAUCGCCAUCGUCAGUGUUGUUGGCUCGUUCUUGCUGAUUGGGCUAUUUUUUGCUGCCGGGCGAGUAACAAUGAUGCCGAUUCCAGAGGGUGUACACCAAAUGCCGAAAUUUGGAUGUUGCUCGCAGGCCUUGGUCUUCCCCCAUUCUCGUCUCAAUGAUCUCGUCGAUCUCUUCACUUCUAAAAGGAUCGGAUAUGUUGAUAUGCUCACGGAGGAGUUUGCAAAUGCAAACCAAGAGAUCCGCUGGGCAUUAACACCUAGUGUCAUGCAGCAUGUUGGGAGGAAGAGUUCCAAAGGUGAUCAGGCUGCUAUUGUACAGUCCAAACCAAAAUCGAAGGCGGAGUUGAGUAAUGUGGAAAUGCUCUGGAAUUUUAGAUUCGAGCUGAAUGUUGCCGAUGCAUUGCACUUAGAGCACAUGCGUGAUGUUAGAGAGCAUGAGUAG